AUGUGUGUGCCAUUUGGAAUGGGCAAAGUGAUCGACAUUGUGUCUAUUGGUUCAGCUGGUGCUAUGCCUCUUCCUACAGUUGUGUCGCUAUUAGGUGGACUCUUUGCAGUUGGUUCAAUCGCCAACAUUAUUCGUGUAGACACUAGCAACAUGAUUGGAGAGCGCAUAACGAAUCGACUGCGACAAGACACAUAUGCAUCAAUAUUGAAGCAAGAACUGGGUUUCUUCGAUUCGUCCAGGACAGGGGAAUUGCUCAAUCGGUUAAGUGCAGACACGACGUUGAUUGGAAAAGUGCUAAGCGAUAAUGUAGCGAGCGGACUACGUAGCACUGGGCAAGCUUUUGGCAGCAUCACCAUGAUCGUUGUCACAUGUCCAAAACUAGCAAUGAUCAUGUUAUCUGUCGUACCACCCAUAGCACUUGGUGCGAUGAGUUAUGGUCGAUAUGUGAAAAAACUUACAACCCAAGUACAGACAGAACUGAGUACAGCUACAGAAGUGGCUGAAGAAAAACUUGGCAAUAUGCGAGUCGUGCGCUGGUUUUCAAAAGAAGCGCAUGAAGUGGAAACUUAUCGAAAAAAAAUCGACCAAGUUUUGGAUUUGGCUCGAAAACGUUCCUUAGCAAGUGCCACCUUUUUUGGUGGAGUGGAUCUUGGUGUUAAAAUGUGUAUGCUUGGUGUUCUUGGAUACGGAGGGCAAAUGGUUACUGAUGGGCUUCUUACAAGUGGUGAGCUCACGUCUUUUUUGUUGUACACACUGUACGUUGGGUUCUCCUUUGCAGGUUUGUCGUCAUUUUAUGCUGAAUUAAUGAAAGGUCUUGGAGCGUCUUCUCGUGUGUUCGAGCUUCUCAAUCGUCAACCAAAGACACGAGUUCCUAAAAACGGUUAUUCGUCUUUGCCAGUGCCAUUCACGGGUCAUAUUCAGUUCCAAGAUGUUGCAUUUGCAUAUCCUACUCGUACUGACUCGUUAAUUUUCAGUCAUAUGAACUUGGAAGUUCGUCCAAAUGAAACACUAGCGCUUGUGGGUCCGAGUGGCUGUGGCAAGUCGUCAGUAACAUCGCUCCUUGCUCGAUUUUACGAGUUAGACGGACCAAACUGCCGCGGAAAGAUUCUGCUUGAUGGUGUAGAUAUUGCGACGCUAGACCCGACAAAAUUGCGUGAACUGAUGGGAGCUGUUCCGCAAGAGCCGCCGUUGUUUGCGUGUUCUAUACGGGACAAUAUUGCUUAUGGCUGCUCUGAUAGUCAAAAUGUGACCCUCGAAAGUGUGAUUAACGCUGCAAAAGCUGCCAAUGCACAUGACUUCAUUAUGGCAUUUCCAGAUGGUUACGACACGAUUGUCGGUGAGCGUGGUCAGGCACUUUCGGGCGGCCAGAAACAGCGCGUAGCCAUUGCACGUGCACUCGUGAAACGUCCAAAGAUAUUAAUUAUGGAUGAAGCCACUUCAGCACUGGACCCUGAAAGCGAGCGCUUAGUACAGGAUGCCGUAAAUCGCGCGAAGCAAGGACGAACUCUUAUAUUGAUGGCUCACCGACUAUCUACCAUCAAAAGUGCUGACCGAAUCGUCGUCAUUUCGAACGGCCAAGUAGUAGAGCAGGGUACCUUUGAUGAACUCUCUUGUCGAAAGGGCAGUACGUUUGCUAAGGUAAUUCUAAGUGGACAAAUGUAA